CCAGCUGCCGUGGAGCCGGAAAAACGACUGUGGGUGGUAUUUUUACACGCUUCGGUCACACUUAGUUUCGGUUUGCUGAGAAUGACAAGCAGCUGAUGGUGUUACGCGACUCGACAACAGAAAUUGUUAUUUAAGUUUAAGUUUUACCGAGUUAACUGAGUGAAAUGCUGCGAACUUUUGUGACAAGCGCGCUGCGCAGCGUUUGCCGUCAGUCGCAGGCUGCUAGUUCACUGGUUCCCCUUGUCCAGCAGACACAACGUGCCAGUCUCGUUACUCUAGCCCGGCCUAGUUUCCUGCCUGUCCCCUCGCUGGUGUCCCCAUCGCCGUUCCUUCAACUACCUGCAAGCCUGGGAGCCACGGGAUCUCCGCCAACCUCUCGCAACGUGACCAAGUUUUCACUAAUCAAGGGCAAAAGGAAGACCGUCAAGGCAGUUCUGAAGCGAUUCAAGCGUCUGGAAUGGGGCGCCUGGAUUCGCACCCACUCUGGCCGCCAAAAGAAGCUGUUCAAGAAGUCGGGCGCCCUGCGCCGACGCCUUAAGCAGCACGUCUUUACCAACGCAACGCAGAGCUGGUUGCUGGACAAGAUGGUCACAAGCUAUUGGAGGCGGCCCAAGCACUACAUUAACGAUCCAUAUCGGCCCUAUCACAGUCGGGACGAGUACUUUGCCACACAGUCAAAGACUUUCAAGGUCUAACCUGUUCAUUAAAUUUCAUUACUUCGUAUAUUGAUAACAAAAGAGAAUAAUUUGUGGCAGUAACAAAGUUGCAGCGAAACACCGUUGGCCCAUUCAAACUAUAAUAUCAACGAUUAAAUGCCAUUGUUUAACAAA